UGCAUAAUACCGAGGAUUGACUGUUUGGUGGGGAAUGGAAGUCUGGGAAUCUGAUUCUCUAAUUUAAAUAACAAAUUUAUCUCCAAACCCUUGGCAGCCUUAAUCGGUCACAUGGACAAGCAUCUUUGUAAUGAAUACCGUGAUAACAGGCUUCUUCGGAUGUGGGUCGCUGUAUUUUGAAUUGGGCACCUUCACUGGCAAGUAAAUUGUAUUGCCCUGUGCUCAUUUAAUUAGUUUUGCAUUAUCUGUCUGUGGUUCUCGAUAAUUUCUAUAACCUUAGAGAAUGGAAAUAUAAAAUGACUGAGAAGUGAGAAUGAUUGUGGAUCACGUUUGGGUUUGUUUAGCAGAUUUUCUGCUUUGUUAAGAAACAACAUUAGCAUCGGUUGAAAUGUAGAAAUUUGUUAAUGGGUUGACCACAUACUGUGCAAUUCGAUGGAGAUUUUUACAUUUUAUGCUGUGCAUUGCGAAUAAUGGCUGGGUAGGGUCUUGUGCUUCAGUUGGUAUCCUUUAAGGGUAACCACUGAUGAAAGCUGAAGUGAGUUUGAUCUUAAACAUUCUGUUCAGCGGUCAAUUAAUUCAUUUUUCUAAAACUAUUGACCUGAGAGGGUUCUGUAUUGUGACUUGUAUGAUUUUACUCUAAGGUCAUAAGUAAUUUCUUCGAAACCAAUGAAGAUAGGGAAAAUUGUGUGUAACUCAAGAAUAAAAUCGAAAACAAGGAUGUGCAAAAAAUGCAGCUACAUGAACCACGAGCAACGGUCCCUGGGACCAUUAGUGGUCCAGAUAAAGUAUGUUUAGACCUCACCCUCUUGCUUUCUGAUGGUAUUUUUCUAAAGAUUAUCAAGGAGUUGCCUCAAAACCCAUAUCCUUGCUCAUUAGUAUGCAGGAGAUGGUUUCGCUUACAAGGACUUCGUAGGCAUUCAGUUAAGCUGAAGGAGUGGAGCUUCUUAGAGAGCGGUCAGAUGAUAUCAAGAUUUCCUAACUUAACUGAUGUAGACUUGACAAUAGCAUGUAUUCCUGCACCAAAGAAUUCAGCUGUUUGGCUGACAAAUCAGUUUUUGAAAAUCCAACUUACUCCUGAAGUUUAUGAUCCCCAGUCAAUCGAGAGAUUCAUCUUGGAGCAACAGAUAUUGCCAGCUUCUCUGGAUAAGGGUCUCAAAAUCUUAGCACAAGGAUGCCAAGGUUUGCAGAGGUUAUGCGUGGUAGACUCAAGGAAACCUGUGUAUGGCCAUGUAAGAGCGUCUCACAAGCCUGAUAUGAAUGGUAACACUAAAGAAUUUGACAAGGAAGCUUUCGGACUAGGAUUGAAACAAUCUGCAGAAGAAAAUGGGAUUAGGAUUCUUAAUACAUCUGAUACCGGCUUUGCCUGGAUUGCUAAGAAUUGCCAAAUGCUACAAGAAUUAGAGCUCCAUCAGUGUACUGAUGAAUCAAUCACUGCCAUUUCUUCAUUUAAAAAUUUGCAGAUUCUUCGAUUGGUUGGCUCUAUAGCAGAGUUCUAUCAUUUUAGCUUCACGGAUAUUGGCCUUACCAUACUGGGUCACAAUUGUAAACGUCUAGUGAAACUGGAGCUCAGCGGCUGUGAGGCUAGCUAUGAUGGAGUUGCUGCAAUUGGUCAGUGUUGUUUAAUGCUUGAAGAAUUGACAUUAAUAGAUCAGAAGUUUUAUGAGGGAUGGAUUGCAGCUUUAUCUUUUUGCCGUAAUUUAAAGACCCUUAGGCUGGAAAGUUGCAGGGGGAUAGAUCCUAAUCCUGGUCCUAUUGAGCAUUUGGGGUUCUGUCCUGCACUUCAACGACUUCAGCUGGUCCGCUGCAAAUUGAGAGAAGAUAAGGUUGGCUUUUGUGCCCUUGUCCUCAUAUGUGCAACUGUAAGAGAGCUUGAGUUCCAAGAUUGUUGGGGUUUGGAUGAUGAAGUUUUCAAGCUUGCUAUUAACUGCAGGAGGGUGAGAAGUCUCUCUUUGGAAGGUUGUUCUCUGCUCUCUACUUCAGUUUUAGAGACUGUACUUCUUGGUUUGAAGGAUCUUCAGAGACUGCGAGUUGUCUCCUGUAACAAUAUUAAGGAUAUCGAGAUUAGCUCUUCUUUAGCUUCCUUGUUCACUACACUUAAGCAGUUAAAAUGGAGACCGGAUACAAAAUCUCUUCUUGCUUCUUAUCUUGUCGGAACUGAAAUGGGUCGGAAAGGAGGAAGGUUUUUUAAGAGGCCAUAAAACCCAAAAGUCUCUUAGUAUCUGUGAAUUCUUGAACAUUUUGCUCUGUAUCAAGGCAACUUUGCUUGAUUAGAAUGCUGAUUAUGGAUAAUCUUUGACUAAGCUAUGUCCAUAUCAAAUAAUUGCACCAGUAAACAGAACUUGGGAAGCUUGUGCAUUUAUUGCAUUUUUCUGGUUUCCUCCAUACUAUAUUGAGAUUGCUCAAGGUUGAUGCUUAAUAUCCAAUGGUUAACGUUUCCAGCUGAAACGCUGUACAGGUUUAGUCAACAUCCUUUUUUAGUCUAUCUGUGACAAUGCACAUUGUAAUGAUGAGGAGCUAAAUACUACAAUACAUAUGUGCUUGGUUACUUGGUUCAUUUCGUCUGGUUAUACAAGUUGUAAAAAUUUCGCCUCUGAUUCUUUAGUACAAAUUUCAUCCUACUCAUUAAGAGUUUUCGAAAAUGGAAAACUGGAGGAGGUGUGUAUCUGGUGUCUUGCACCUGGUGUCUUGCACGAUACCUGUUAUUUGAGGCCAAUUCCAUAAUCCAGGUUAUAGCUCUUGAAUGGAAACAUACAUGGCUUAUUUUCUGCAGCAGGUAAAUGCAAUUUAUAAUUGCAUUCAACUCUAAGAACGAUGUUGUGAAUGUUGUAAAUCCUUUAUUGUGACUACCAAUCUACAUCGAUGUUAAGUUGUAAAUACAUAUUAAUGUUGAAAUUCUUUUAAUGGGAAGCAUUGGCUUACCUUUUUGA